GAAAAUAUGUGGCUAAUAAAAUGUAAGCCUCAAAAUGUGAUAUUUCUCAAAAAAAAUGAAAGCCUCAAAUUGAGAUUUCGAGAAGCCCAAUGGACCUGGAAGCAUUCCGCCAUGGGUAGGUUCAGAAUUCAGAUGCCUUGGAUUCUUGGCUUCACCUCCAUUUCCCAAAUUCGAGAAUUUGUAGCUUUGCAAUUUUCACCAUAUACAAUAUAUAUUUAAGCGCAGAAAUUCCAUGUUAAUUUAAUUAUGCAAUCCACUUCAAUUUCUUCUUCAUGGCACACUUGCUGCUACUAUCCUGUUCCCAAUAAUAUCUUCCACCACAAUCCCCAUCAUCGUAUUCCUAGCAAGAUCACGAUCAACUCGAGGCCUCGAAAUUCCCAGUAUACAAAUCAUAACGUUGUCGCACUAACCGCCACGCAUAGUUGCAGCAAAGAACAAGAAAGCAAGCAGAAGCAUAAUCAUCAAGAAAACAGCGAGUUCCUGCAGGAUUUUUGCUCUUCCGCCGAAAAUCAGGAGCCCCAUUUCGGGGAGGGUGAAAGGGAGCGGGGAUUUGGGGUGGAUAAUCAAUCAGGCAUUUCUUCGAACAUGGGGUGGGCUGAAUUGAAAGCCGCAUUAGGGCAGCGGAUUAAUUUCGAAGGCAUCGCUUGCUCCUUUGGGAUUUUCUCGAAAGACAAGCAGUUAGCGAUUCCACAUGUUGGCGUGCCUGAUAUCAGGUACAUUGAUUGGGCUGAGCUGAAAAAUAGGGGUUUUCAAGGUGUAGUGUUUGAUAAGGAUAACACUAUCACUGUUCCUUACUCUUUGAGCUUGUGGGCGCCUCUUGGACCGACUAUUGAGCAGUGUAAAUCUUUGUUCGGCUCGAAUAUCGCUGUUUUCAGCAACUCUGCGGGGUUGUCUGAGUAUGACCCUGAUGGUAGAAAGGCUGGAGCUCUGGAGGAUGCAAUUGGCAUCAAAGUCAUAAGGCAUAAGAUGAAGAAGCCUGCAGGAACAGCUGAAGAAAUUGAAAACACCUUUGGCUGUGAAUCCUCUAGACUCAUUAUGGUUGGUGAUCGGCCUUUCACAGAUAUUGUUUACGGGAACAGAAAUGGUUUUUUGACAAUACUGAGUGAACCACUUAGUCAUGAAGAGGAGCCUUUGAUUGUGAGGCAGGUGAGGCUGCUUGAAGUGGCCCUUAUUCAACGAUGGUCGAAAAAGGGUAUAAUGCCUAUCAGUCACAAGCUAGUCCCGGAUCCAGCAAAGUGUGUUAAGGAUGUACCCAUCUGAAAAUUCUCGUUAAUAAUGAACAGAAAAGAUCAUUCAUUCUUUAUAUAUUCUUUUUUUUGUCUUUGAAAAAAUAUUUUCUUGAAUUGGCAGGAUUUAGGCAAAUUGUCUAAUCAGCUUUGCUUGAAUCUCAAUGAGUUAGUUACCUGAAGGACCAAGGUUAAUAUCACGCACAGUUGCUAAAAAACCAACUUAAUGUCUUAAACCUUAAACCUCGUAUCAAUUAGAGAGUGCUUUUAGAAUGAUCAUAAAAUAUAUCAGUAAUGUGCUUAUUUACCCAUACUAAGAUCAUAACAUAAUAUCUUCUGCUGCGUUUAAGUGUUGAGGCGUAAUCAAACGUGUGAGUAGGUUGACCAGUUACUGUUUCCUUCUAUUUCUAUGGUUUUAGUCAUAAGUAAUUGGAAUUGUUAGUUAAUGUUGGAACUUUUCUUUGUUUGCAAUGCUUCUCAGAUUGUUACAUGAGUGUAUCUGUUCAUUAGCUGAACCAUAUCAUAUGUGGUUUUAGACUCUCAACAUACCACAUCUUAGCCAUGUGGCUAUGUAGAUUCUACUGUGUUAUUCUUUUCAGACAUAGCAGACUCAUGAGCGAAAUGACCAAGAGCGUGAAAAAUAUAGCACACGAGAUGUUGCUUCUUUCUACUUGCUGAAUUGCCUUGUGCUCCAGGUUAUAAUCUGUCUCUUUGGACCUUUCACUCUCGUUGCCCUUCUUUCAAGUUGUCUUGAAGAUACCAAAUGUCGUUGUGAAGGUGGAUUGAAUAACAUCAUAUGCUCUACUUGUUAGGAAAAGUUGGAUAGGACUUAUGCUUGAAAGUUGUUACUUGUUAGUGAGACUGACUUGAUUUAAGUUUCUCCAUGGUUGAUAUAGUUUAGAGAAUAUCAUGUUGCUUGUAAGUGUGAAACCCAGCUACUCGUAUUUCUCUAAGAUCACUACGCGGUUGGGAUUUCGUGUGUGUACACGAAAUCUUUCUUUCUUUUAGAGCUUACAAGAACUGAAUCUUUCUUCUUCUUUUUUCAUAGUUUAUAAAAGUUCUGUUUAUUCUUCCUCUGCAGGUCUUGUAUAGAGCUUGGUAGUGCCCUUUCUAUUCUUGUAUAGUUUGGUAGUGUCCUUUUCUAUUUAUGUAUUUCCAUUUCAUCUUCUAAUUAUGAUCUUCCAUAUAUACUGGGGAUUACUCUUCCCUUUUGUUUAUUUAUUUUGAGGAAAGUUAGGUGGUGGGGCAUUUAUUCCUCUGCUUGAAAUCACACCUUAUAAAAAUUAACACAAAUUUGAAUUUCUUAAA